AUGGUGGCGCUGCUUUUCUGGCAGGAUGCUCCUCCCAUUGGAGAGAAAACCCGUAUUUCUGUGAUAUUUGCGGGUCUUCUGACCGGCGUGGUGGUGGACUCCGGGGAUGGCGUGACCCACAUCUGCCCCGUGUACGAGGGCUUCUCCCUGCCCCACCUCACCCGCCGGCUGGACAUCGCCGGGCGGGACAUCACGCGCUACCUGAUCAAGCUCCUGCUGCUGCGCGGCUACGCCUUCAACCACUCGGCCGACUUCGAGACGGUGCGGAUGCUGAAGGAGAAGCUCUGCUACGUCGGUUACAACAUCGAACAGGAGCAGCGCCUGGCCCUGGAGACCACCCACCUGGUGGAGUCCUACAUGCUGCCUGAUGGCCGGCAGGUGAACGUGGGCGGGGAGCGUUUUGGGGCCCCGGAGGCUCUUUUCCAGCCCCACCUCAUCAACGUGGAGGGAGCGGGCGUGGCCGAGCUGCUCUUCAACACCAUCCAGGCGGCGGACAUCGACCUCAGAGUCGCUGAGCUGCUCGCUGUCCAUGUGCGCGCCGCGUUUGCCUGCUUCGCUGAGGAGACGCGGCUGGAUAGAUAA